AUGCAUUAUUCACUUGUAGAAGGAUCUUAAUAAACUGAUUCCAUUCAUUAUCCUUCUAAAAAUCAUCUUAGAUAUCCUUCCUAAUUACAUAUGGGUUCUCCUAGAAUCAUACUUUAACAUAAUCAUUUCCCUCUUGUCAAAUCAAUCAUUGUCACUAAACCUUAAUUAAAAUCUAACUUCUAAUCAAUUAAAAACACUUACUAUACUAAUCGAUAACCUGUCAAAACACUUUGUAAUGAAUAAUUAUAAAUACCACAACACGAAAAAAUAUUAAAAGAAAAAAAUAAAAAACUUUAAUUAAGAAAAAAUAUGACCAGAAAAUUAUAAAAAAUCACUGAAUACCUAGCAUCUUACAGAAAACCCUGA